AGUCCCGUUUUGAUCGUUCGCGUAGCUUUGCUUCUUUCCAUUCACGUAUGUAAAAGAGGCACCAGCGGCAUCAGAUGGCGGUCUCCGACCGAGCCGCCUUCGUCGUCUCGCUGGCGAAUCCCAGGUGGUGGGUCUAGGGUUCCGACGCGCCUCUUCCGGGAUUCGAGCGACCUUUGCUGCUUUACGCUGCGAUCGAGGGGGACGAAGCCCUUCCGAGUCAAGAAUUUUCCGUGAUUAGGGCGUUCAUUGGCGGUUGUUGUAGGGGGGUUCGUGAACGGGAUUUUGGUUUCGCAUAUUAUUUGACAGUUUUGCUUUGAUAAAGGAUCGGUUAUUUUGAUCCGAGCCGGUGCUUUUUUCUUGGGUUGUAGAAAUCGGCGAUUUUGCUGCAGACAAGUGUUGGCGGUGUUUGGUGAUCUUGUUGAGAUUGUUGGGGAAUCUACAGAGUCGGAUGUUGAUGGCGAGCCCCGUUGCAUCUGUGGCUGAGGAAAAUCUGUCGAUGAGGAGAUUGAGGAGAUCUUGAUUUUGUUGGUGUUAUUUGUGUGCUUGGUUUGUCACGUUUAUCUGGAGAUUUUGAUGGUUCUGGAUCUUCGGAUUGGAAGGAGAAGAAAGUUCUGGUCUCUGUAUCUUUGGAGGUUCUGCGGGCUUUGAUUGCGGCAAGGAUGGUGAGCGGGCACCUUUUCCACUGCAGGAAGAGCUCAUGGCCUGCGGAGGAGUAUGUCAACCGAGCCACGUUGCAGUCGCUGGAUUUUGAUGGUGGCGCCCCACCAGAUCACGCAUGGAGGAGGAGGCUAAAUAGCCAUGCUAAUAGAUUGAAGGAAUUCAGUGUGACUUUCAUGGAGGCAAUUCGAAUGAUGCGCCUUGGUGUUCGUCUUUGGUCAUAUGUUAGAGAAGAAGCUUCUCAUGGAAGGAAAGCACCAAUUGAUCCUUUUACAAGGGAACAAUGUAAACCUUCAGCUUCACAAGGUGUACCACUUGGAGGAAUGGGAAGUGGCAGCAUCUCAAGAGGUUUUAGAGGGGAGUUUAAACACUGGCAAAUAAUUCCUGGUUCAUGUGAAACAUCCCCUGUCAUGGCAAAUCAGUUCUCUAUUUUCAUAUCUCGGGAUGGGGGAAACAAGAAAUACUCAUCAGUUUUAGCCCCUGGGCAACAUGAAGGACUACAGAAAAAAGGUGAUCUCGGCAUAUCCUCGUGGGACUGGAACUUGACUGGUCAACACUCCACUUAUCAUGCUUUGUUCCCUAGGGCAUGGACCGUUUAUGAUGGUGAGCCAGACCCUGAUCUCAAAAUUUCAUGUCGCCAAAUAUCCCCAUUUAUUCCUCAUGAUUAUCGAGAAAGCAGUCUUCCCACUGCUGUGUUUGUUUAUACAUUAGUUAACACUGGAAGAGAAAGGGCAAAGGUCAGCUUGCUGAUGACAUGGGCGAAUUCUAUUGGAGGAGUAUCACAUCAUAGUGGAGGCCACAUCAAUGAGCCAUUUAUAGGAGAUGAUGGAGUGUCUGGGGUGCUUCUACAUCACAAGACUGCAAAAGAUAAUCCUCCUGUAACAUUUGCUAUUGCUGCAUGCGAGACUCAAAAUGUGACUGUGACAGUCUUGCCAAGUUUUGGACUUUCUGGAGAAAAUUAUGUUACAGCUCAGGGUAUGUGGAGCACAAUGGUGCAGGACGGGCAUUUUGAGAGAGAAAAUUUUAAUGCUGGCCCCUGUAUGCCAUCUUCUGUGGGUGAGACACUCUGUGCAGCAGUUUCAGCCACUACAUGGGUUGAACCACAUGGUAGGUGCACUGUUGUAUUUGCUUUAGCUUGGUCAUCACCAAAAGUGAAGUUUCAGAAAGGAUGUACAUAUCAUAGGAGAUAUACAAAAUUUUAUGGUACUUCUGAAAGAUCAGCUCUUAAUUUGGUGCAUGAUGCAUUAAAGAAGUACAAGUGGUGGGAAGAAGAGAUUGAAAAAUGGCAAAAUCCAAUACUUAAAGAUGAAAAGCUUCCUGAAUGGUACAAGUUCACACUUUUUAAUGAGCUCUAUUUUCUAGUUGCUGGGGGAACAGUUUGGACAGAUGGUGAAGCUCCUAAAUUUGAGGAGAAAUUGAGCUCUGGUUCCAGUCACCAUAAAUCUGUGAAAAGUAAAGAUCAGAAACCUGUUUCAAAAGAUAGACACAUUAAUAUGGUUGCGGAGCAGACUUUAACAGACAGCAACUUGAGCAAUGAGAAAACUUUAUCACGAACUACUUCAGUACCAGAUUUGGCAGAUGGUGACAGCAUGCGUGGCUGUGAAUAUAAAGAGUCUGGUUAUGUCAUGCAUCAGCAGGAUGACCCUGAAAAUGUCGGAAGAUUUUUGUACUUGGAAGGAGUGGAGUACAUUAUGUGGUGUACAUAUGAUGUACACUUCUAUGCAUCUUUUGCUCUCCUCGAUCUCUUUCCGAAAAUAGAGUUGACUAUUCAACGUGAUUUUGCUAGGGCUGUCUUGCAUGAGGACAGAAGGAAAGUCAAAUUUCUGGCUGAUGGGAGCUGGGGAAUUCGUAAAGUCAAAGGUGCAGUUCCCCAUGAUUUAGGAACACAUGACCCAUGGAAUGAGAUGAAUGCCUACAACAUACAUGACACCAGUAAAUGGAAGGAUCUCAACCCAAAGUUUGUGCUCCAGGUGUACAGGGAUUUUGCUGCGACCGGUGACAUGUCCUUUGGGCGGGAUGUCUGGCCUGCAGUUUGUGCUGCUAUGGAUUAUAUGGAACAGUUUGAUCGUGAUGGUGAUGGACUCGUUGAGAAUGAUGGAUUCCCUGAUCAGACAUAUGAUGCAUGGACAGUUCAUGGUAUCAGUGCUUACUGUGGAUGUCUAUGGCUCGCUGCACUCCAAGCUGCAGCAGCAAUGGCACAGCGUCUUGGAGACUGUGCUUAUGUUGAAAAAUUUAAGAUCAAAUUUUUGAAAGCCAAACCGGUAUUUGAAUCUAAGCUGUGGAAUGGGUCUUAUUUCAAUUAUGACAGUGGAAGCAGUAGCAACAGCCGAUCCAUACAGGCUGAUCAACUUGCAGGGCAGUGGUACACUGCUUCUUCAGGGUUGCCCCCACUGUUUGACGAGAUUAAAACUAGAAAUACUCUUCAGAAAAUAUUUGAAUUUAAUGUGAUGAAGGUGAGAGGAGGGCGCAUGGGGGCGGUCAAUGGGAUGAACCCAAAUGGAAAGGUCGAUGAAUGUUGCAUGCAAUCGCGUGAAAUAUGGACUGGUGUCACAUACAGUUUGGCAGCUACCAUGCUUCUUCAUGGAAUGGAGCAUCAAGCUUUUGCUACCGCUGAGGGGAUUUUCAUCACAGGUUGGUCAGAAGAAGGAUUCGGGUACUGGUUCCAAACUCCAGAAGGAUGGACAACAGAUGGGCACUACCGGUCAUUGAUCUACAUGCGACCGCUUGCCAUCUGGGCAAUGCAGUGGGCUUUGUCCCCUCCAAAGGCAAUUCUUGAGGCCCCAAAGAUAAAUAUGAUGGACAGGGUACUGAUAUCAGCCCUCAACAUGAGAAUGGUUCACGACACCGGUGUCCGGAAAAUCGCACCAAAAAAUAGUUGUUUUGGUAAUACCGUUUGUCACUGUGAUUGUUGAUUGGACAUAAGGCAGGCAGGCAGGUUGCAUAACUUACCUUGUUCUUGUUCAUAAAGGGUAGUAGUUUUUUACAACUUUUCCUGAACCCAAGCAAUGGGUUGGGAAUUGCUUCUUGGAUGGUAAUAAAAUUUGUAAUUUAGGGAUGUAGUGCAAUAUUUUUAGAGUUCAGCUUUUUUUUUCUCCCCCUCAAUCAGUGUCCCAAAUGCACUACCGUUAAUUUUUGUAUUCAAUUUAUGUCUUUCAAAGUUGAUCCAGAUAGAUAGAUGUUUCACGGUC